AUGCGUAUGGCGUCCAGUGGCUGCACCUGCAGGAUUACGCGCAAUUUGCCGCGCCCGGUUUGCUUGGUGCUAGUGUCUUAUAUGCCGCUAGCUGAUUAUUUCACAGCACAGCGAGUCGACGCUAAGUCGCUAGCCGUGGCAAAUACGCGGGUCUACGCGGUGUUACACGUCGCACUUAUUAUUGAUUUUCACACCAGCGCACAAAAUUGUCCGUCCGACAGCUGCAAAUUGCAACCUGGAAAUUUCAGUGGGAAGGAUGGCGCCGAGCCAGGUCGGCCGUGUCGUCGCCGAGACUUGUCGGACACUAGUUGAUUUCCACACAGGCUCCACCCCGCCGGCGGACUCGCGGCUCCUCGCGCACUACAUGACGCCGCCGCCGGAACCGGCGUCGGUCAAGCUCCGGCGGAAGGCCAAUAACGACGCCGGUGGAGCGUUUCGACGGUGGGCGCGGCGGCGACGGAAAAUAGCUCCUCUCCCGGACUCCGGGGCUACCUACUGCGGGCAGCGUCCGGGCUAUAUAUGCCGCGGCCACGGCAGCGAGAAGCGGUGUCUCCCGGACGCCUCGUGCAAGUAA